AUGUCUGAUACGGAAAACUGGGAAACUUUUCGUCUCUUACCACCACAAACACCUUCAUCACCAUCAUCGGGACUAUCUUCAAUAACAAGUGAAAUUCUCGAGGAAUUAAUUCUCAAAAUUAAGCAAGCAAAGGAUAAUAAAUCGGAUGUUGAUUCGGAAGGCUUGGAAAUUAAACAUAAAAUUGAUGAAUACUUUCAGAAGGAGAAUAGAAAUUUUCUUGAUCCGAACGAAAAUGCUGGAAUUAUUAAUUUAAAAUUGAGUGAUGUUACAUUUACAAGAAAAGCCUUUGAAAUUUCUAUAACAAAUUUUGCCAAAUAUAAAGCAAUUUAUGCAUUUGCAUUCUUUGAUAUUCGGAAAAAGAUUACAACAAUGAGUAAAUUAGUGGAAAAGAAUAAGACGAUAAAUGGAAAUAAGAAGAAAUCAAUAUUGAGCGACAUUUUCGUAACUGAAAAGUGUAGAUUUUUCAAAAAGGAUGAUAGAAGUGGAAAGUUUCGAAUUUUAUUGUGUUUCGCUCAUAAAAAGGAUGUAGAAAAUCCAGAAAGGUUGGAUUGGUUUAUUUCAGAGAGUGCAUUCGAAGUGAAAGAUCAAACAGGUAAAAGAUCCAAUGAAAGUGAGGCCGAUAAUGACUCUGCACCAAAAAGGAGUAGAGAAAUACAAGAGCAUGAACCCCUCCAGUUAAUUCCAACAAUGGAAAACAUGCUAAUGUUGCAACCUAUUAUUCCAAUUCACCAAUCAAUAAUUGAAUCAAGCGAAGAACUAGCAACUACACCCAGGCAACUUUUCUCUUCACCACUCUCUCCACCACCACCAUUAACAGAAAACUUAACAGAAAUUGUUACCCAAUUGAAACAAGAAAUGCAAACUCUGAAACAAGAACUUGAAAAAAUUCAACAAGAACGCCAAGAAGAAAAGACCCAAAUAGAAAAUUUAAGAUUGCAAAUCGAGGAAAUGAAAAAUUCUGCCACCACCCAAAUCAAAAACCCAGAAACAACUCAUGAUCAUGAUUUUAACUUUGAUGAAGAGCCAUUCUACUAA